AUGGGAAUUCAGGGGUUGUUGCCUCAACUGAAAUCCAUCCAGCAACCCGUCUCUUUACACCGUUAUAGCGGGCAAACGCUUGCAAUUGACGGCUAUGCAUGGUUACACAGAGCUGCUCACUCGUGUGCAAUGGAAUUAGCAUUGGGGCGGUCGACCGAUAAGUAUUUGCAGUUUUUUAUCAAGAGACUGAGCAUGCUGAGGGCUACUUUCAAAGUAGAACCAUAUUUGAUCUUCGACGGUGAUUCAAUCAAUGUCAAGAAGGAUACUGAACGAAAAAGAAGGCAGAAGAGAGAUGAAAACAAGGAGAAGGGCUUAGAAUUGUGGAAAUCUGGUGACAACCGUCAGAGUUACGAGUAUUUUCAAAAGUCUGUGGAUAUCACUCCAGAAAUGGCUAAAUGCAUUAUGGAAUAUUGCCAAUCACAAAACAUCAAAUAUUUGGUGGCUCCGUUCGAAGCAGACGCGCAAAUGGUGUACCUCGAAAAAGAGGGAUUUGUUCAUGGGAUAAUAUCUGAGGACUCGGAUCUUCUAAUAUUUGGUUGUCGAAAAUUAAUAACAAAACUUAAUGAUCACGGAGACUGCAUUGAAAUUUGUAGAGAUGAUUUUGUUCACUUGCCAAGCAGAUUUCCAUUGUGUCAACUGAGUCCACAGGAGAUUAGAACAAUGGUAUGUCUUUCAGGAUGUGAUUAUACUUCAGGAAUCCCACAGGUGGGGUUAUUGACAGCAAUGAAACUUGUGAAAAGAUACAAAACGAUCGAGAGAGUUAUUCAAAGCAUUCAACGAGAGGGCAAACUGAAGAUACCCAAAGAAUUUCUUCAAGAGUAUGAGUUAGCCAAUUUCGCAUUUCAGUUUCAAAGAGUCUUUUGCCCUCAGAGAAUGAAACUGGUGACACUUAAUGAUAUACCACAUGAACUUAGCCAGAAUGAGACUAUCUUUCAAUGUAUUGGACAAGUUGUAUCUAAAGAAGAUGGCAUCAAAAAAGUAAUGAUAGAUGAUAAUAAAAUUGAUCAUAAUUUACAUAGGAGGAUCUCCGUGGGCGAACUAAAUCCACGCAACUUCCACAAGCCUUUGAUAAAUCGUGAAAGAAAACUAAAUCUCGUUUCAAGAUCCGAGCCCAUUUUGAAAAAGACAGCAGUGCCCACAUGCGGUAGCAUAGAUUCGUUCUUUAGUAAGAGGAGCGUCAAAAUUGGUAGCGUGAAAGCGCCAGCAUCCGUGGCCACUUCUAUAGCUGAUGAUCGUAAUCGGAAAGUGGAGACCACGGUCGAACGUCGCAAAUUGAGUCGUGUACAGACAGGAAUUGAUGGCGGAGUCAGCAAGUUCUUCAAUAGUACGAAAAACGGUUCCUCUGCCCUCGUAGAUCUGCAUAUGUCUGCCUCUGACGGCGAACUUCGAAUCCAGUCGAAUCCUUCGAUUAAUAAUGUGGAUUUUCAGAUUUCAAACAUUGCUACCAAGACUGAUAUGUAUGCUUCAAGGCCUCCAUCAUCUCAGAACCUGGAUUCUACCGCAGACGACUGCCAGGAAGAUUUGUCAACAGAAUUACCCAGCUCCAUGCUUUCAACAGAAAUCCCCAGCUCCAUGAUUCCUACUCAAACCGACCAAGAACAAACCCCUUUUAGCGAAGAGGAAUCCGAGAUUCUCAGUGAGGUAGAGGAGGCAGCAAUUCCAGACAAGCAAUACAAUGCUUUCGCCAACAAAAGGCAUUGCAAAUCCAUCGCAGACCUGCGGGACAAUUUCAGUUAUCGGCGAACUCCGCUUCAAGUCAAGAGCACCAACACCCGCUCUCAUUCAGUUGCGAACCCACAAACUACACCAUCACAUGGUAAGCUUGUUGUUGUCAAGGCUAAGAGGAGCGCCACCACAAGUUGCGUCAAUCCUGUCGCCAGGCCGCCCGCUCUAAGUCGCAGCAGCAGCCGCCUUAUCUCGCGCUCGUCUCCAGCAGCACAAAAGCCAACCAUAAGGUCUUUGAGCCUUGCAGAAUUCGUAUACAAGGGCGAGUGA